AUGCGUUGCGUGGGAAUCCAAAUGUGGAGUGGAGCAACAGAAAAAGAAGAGGAAAGCCACAACACAAACUCGGCCAUCCAUAAAGUAAUGCCACCGCACCUUCACCCCUAGCAACCGCUCAUUCGCCGCCGCUUUAAGUUCUAAACCGCCCAAAACUCAACCCUAAUUGCGUAUUAAACGAAAAGAAAAAAUGGCUGCGUUGACGAUUCCUUCGCCGUCUAAAUCUUCGUCGUUUUUGUCGUCCUCUUCACCUUCUCUCUUCACUCGUUGCUCUCUUAGCCACAAAAGCUUCGCUUUCAAUGAGUUUCGUUCUCGUACCUGCGAUCCGAACAGUUUGAAAUGUGACCAGCCUCAACCAGUGAAUUAUGGAAAUGUGAAGCCAACGAUUCCAAUCCUUAAUGAAAGGACACUGCCCAAGUUCUUGGAAUCGGCUAGAAUGGAGACAACUGUUAACAGAAAUGGUGCCAAGCUCAAGGUGUUUUCUGGCACCGCCAAUCCUGCACUUUCUCAGGAAAUUGCUUGGUGCAUGGGCCUGGAGCUGGGAAAGAUCAACAUAAAGCGAUUUGCUGAUGGGGAAAUUUAUGUUCAGCUGCAAGAGAGUGUUAGAGGAUGUGACGUAUAUUUAGUCCAACCAACAUGCCCUCCUGCAAAUGAGAAUCUCAUGGAGCUUCUCAUAAUGGUUGAUGCUUGUCGGAGAGCGUCAGCCAAAAACAUCACUGCAGUGAUUCCAUAUUUUGGUUAUGCCAGAGCUGAUAGAAAGACUCAAGGGCGUGAAUCCAUUGCAGCCAAACUUGUUGCAAAUCUUAUCACAGAAGCUGGUGCAAACCGUGUUCUUGCUUGUGACCUUCAUUCUGGGCAGUCCAUGGGUUACUUUGAUAUUCCAGUGGACCAUGUGUACUGUCAGCCUGUGAUUCUUGAUUAUCUUGCCAGCAAGAGAAUUUGUUCUGAUGACUUAGUAGUGGUUUCACCUGAUGUUGGUGGAGUAGCAAGAGCACGUGCUUUUGCAAAAAAAUUAUCAGAUGCACCUUUAGCCAUUGUGGAUAAAAGGCGUCAUGGACACAAUGUUGCGGAGGUAAUGAACCUUAUUGGUGAUGUGAAAGGAAAAGUUGCUGUUAUGGUGGAUGAUAUGAUCGACACUGCCGGAACAAUUGCCAAGGGGGCGGCACUUUUACACCAAGAGGGGGCGAGGGAAGUUUAUGCAUGCUGUACUCAUGCCGUUUUCAGUCCUCCUGCAAUAGAGAGGUUAUCAGGUGGUCUUUUUCAAGAAGUAAUCAUUACAAAUACACUUCCAGUGGCAGAGAAGAACUACUUCCCUCAGUUGACAGUUCUUUCUGUGGCGAACCUGUUGGGUGAAACCAUUUGGCGUGUUCAUGAUGACUGUUCCGUGAGUAGUAUUUUUCAGUGAAAUCAGAUAGGAAAUCCCAAAGGUGUUUUCUCCUUCAAAAUUUUGCAUGUGCAACCCAAUGCCUUGGCAACUGUGGUAAAAAGCUAAUAUCGAUCAGAUAGGCAUAGGUCUUUAGAUUGAAGUCUCGCUUAGGCCAAGGGGGAUGGAGAAUCAACCAAUGGAUCUCAUAUUUCUCAUUGCUCCUUGCUUUCUGCAUCUGCAUAAUUUAGCUUUUUCUUAGUUUUAUUUUUUUACUUUUGGGUAAAUUACCUUUCUUUUUUAUCCUUCAUUAAGUGGACAUCUUUUUUUUGUCCCAACUAUCUUGCAUCAGUUGAAUUUUCUCUAUUAAAACAUCAACACAACCUGAAUCCCUGUCCCAAAACCUGACUGUUCUUGGGACAUGGAAGCUCUUUCAUUGCAA